CAAAUUUAUAACAUAAGGAGCUAUUCUAUAAAUAAAAAAAGUGUAAUGAUUUACAAAAUACGAAAGCGAUUUCUACUAGUUGUCCAUGUGUGCCAGACAGUCAAAAUACAAGUCGUGAUGCGAUCUGAUCGCCAAACCCACAAUUUCUGACUAUUCAGCUAAUCAGUCACCUCUUCUUUUUUUGUGCACAAAAACUCACCUCUUAUCUUAUCUAUAAAAAAUCGUUGAAAAUUGCAACUAACUUCAAACUUGUAUGAAUCUCCCAAGUCAAACUCUCUCUUUGCCGAAAUUCCCGGCAAAACCCCAAUCAGUCACAAUUACAAUAUGACCCUCUUACCCUUACCCUUCCUCUUUCUCUUUCUCACUUCACUGCCCUUUUCUGUAAUUUCGCAGCUCGACGAACGGUCAACACUCCUCACCCUGAAACGCGGUCUCGGAGACCCACCGUCUCUCCGCCUAUGGAACACCACAUCUACCCCUUGCGACUGGUCGGAGAUUACCUGCGUGUCCGGAAACGUCACCGGGAUAAGUCUCAAGAACAAGAUCAUCACCGCAACGGUUCCGACCAAUAUAUGCGAUUUCCCAAACCUGGAAACUCUCGACUUGUCGUCUAAUCGAUUCUCCGGAGACUUUCCUACCGUUCUCUACAACUGCACCAAGCUUCGCCAUCUCGAUCUCUCCCAGAACUACUUCAACGGCUCACUUCCCGCCGACAUCGACCGUCUCUCGCCACAACUCGAGCUUCUCCACCUCGGUGCUAACGCCUUCUCCGGAGAUAUCCCGACGGAGUUCACGUCUCUUUCGAAACUCAAAUCAAUCUUUCUCGAUUCGAACAAUCUCUCCGGCGAGUUGCCGGAGGAAAUCAUCUCAUGGAAGUCGUUGGUGACGUUGAGUCUGUCAAAAAACAAACUUUCCGGGAAGAUUCCUAGAGCUCUAGGGCUGUUGCCACGCUUGGUCGAUCUUGAUCUGUCGGAGAACAAACUCUCAGGCGAAAUCCCACCGGAGAUCGGGAACCUGAAGUUCAAAACGCUUAACUUUUCGUCAAACAUGCUCACCGGAGAAGUACCGGACAAACUGGAUAACCUUGCAUACGAGACAAGUUUCUUGAACAACACCAAUCUCUGCGCAGACAAACCCGUUGUUAAGUUACAGGAUUGUCGGAAAGUGCUCCGGAGAUCAAAACGGUUGCCUGGGACAAUCUUCGUCGUGAUUGUAGUCAUCGGUUUGGAACUACAUAAGGAAACCAAGAACAAGCAGAGCUGAUAUUUUUAAUAAAGAUUGUUUAAAAUCAUUUAUGUAUAAUAUUUGUAUUAAAUAUAAUGGUAGAUAAAAAACCCGUACGAUAGUCACACGGAAAUUUAUUUUAUAAAAAUAAAUUUUCACAUAUUGCAAUAGAAAACUUUAUAAAUGUGUCAAAAAAAUAUUCAACCUAUAU